CAGUCAAGCGGCUUUACAUCCACAUCACCCGCCCACUGCCAGCGCUGCCUCUCCGGAUGAUGCCCAGAUGAGUCAUUUCCUCUCCUCGGUGCAGCCCCUCGUCCCUGCUGGGAGAGCUGUCAGCUUCCUCUUCCUCUGGGAGGCAGACGCUGAUGAGAGCCCUCAGGAUGCUGCUGCUCCCACUCCUGGCCCUGGCUGCAGCCUGGUCUCAUGGGCAAGCACAAGUGUUUCUGAGGCAGAGACAAGCAUCCAUUACCAGAGAGCCAACUAAAACUGCACAGAUUGAGUGUGUAUUCGAGGGCAUGUCAGGGGCUGACUUCCAGACUCUCUAUGUACAUUGGUACCGGCAUCUACCCUCCAGACCUCCCGAAUGGAUUCUGCGUAUCCACACAGGUAAAAUUCAUUAUGAGAAUGAUUCCUAUAAGAACAAGUAUUCCUCUUCGAAAAAAAGCCCGAACAUCUGCACUUUCACCAUCAAUGACAUCAACCCCAACGAUGAAGGCACCUACUACUGUGCCUACUGGCAGAACCACAGAACUAGCAAACAUAUCAAAAUAUUUGGAAGUGGAACUAAACUUAUUGUUUCAAGCAAAGGAAAUUCUCCACCAGCAAACUCUGAAAUCCUGAAGAAGGAACAUGAAAAUCAGAUAACAUAUGUUUGCCUUGUUGAGAAAUUCUACCCAGAAGUUAUUCGGGUGACAUGGACCAAUGAAAAAAAUGAGGAGGUAACAGACAAUGUAGUAAAAGGAGACACUUGGAAGGCCACAAAAAAUGAGGAAUACUCAAUUGGCAGCUGGCUAACUGUACCACUGGAGAACAAAGACAAAAAAUACUACUGCAAAUACGAGCACGAAAGCCAAGAGCUUUCACUGCCGACACAAGACUUCUCUUCAAAGACUGCUCCUCAGGAAGAGGACUGCAACACAUCUGGAAACAGCACAGUUUUUAAUAGAGAUCACAUUAUACACAGAACAGCAUAUUUAGUGUACAUCGUCCUUCUUCUGAAGAGCUCCAUGUACUAUCUCAUCGUACUCUUCUUCAUCUACAGAAUGUGGGCUGUCACCAAGCACCAAGGAAAGAAAGCAUAAAUGCUUGUUUAGGAAAGGCUAACAAAAACAUUUUCAAUUUGCUUUGCUAUAUAUUUAUUCAUGUAGACUCCCCUGCUCUCAGUGUAAGAUUUAACAACAACAAAAAUCCCCACAUAAUCUUA